AUGGAGCUCAAUAGAGACGAACCUUUCAGGAAGUCAAAGCAUCUAGCUUUGAAAUUUGUUUCUAAACCUGCGAAGGCUCCUCAAGUCAGGGACUCUGAAGAAGCUUCUCAUGUAGAAGGUUCUGAAGAUGAUUCAGAUGAAUACGAAAUGAAAACCAACACCCUGCCAAAGAAAAAACUGCAGUAUAUAAAGCAAGGUGGGAUUAAGAGUAUACACACGGAAGCAUAUACUGGUCAGCCAAAAGUCGAAUCCAUUGCUGCUGCUUGUCGCUCGAUCAAUUCAUCCCUUGAAGUUGUGGAACAUGAAGAAGCUUUGCAGAAUUCCGAUGCUCCGGAAAUUUUCAGCAAAUACGAUAUAAUAAUGGAUGCAACAGAUAAUGCUCCCACCCGAUAUUUGAUUAGUGACGGCUGCGUGAUACUAGGAAAGCCCCUUGUAUCAGAUGCAGCCACGGGAUUAGAAGGACAGCUCACUAUCUACAAUCACAACGGUGGUCUUUGCUUUCGAUGCUCUUUCCAACUCCACCACCUAGAGCAGCACGCCAAAGCUGCCCCCACAUGUUACAUAUCACAGGAUUUAAGCAGGAUAAGAAAGAAAUCACUUGAAUAG